GAUGGCCAACUCCAUAAAGACAUGGACUGCCGCCGAUUAUGCCAGUGCCGCUGGACGAAAACUGGGCGGCUCGGCGCCCAAUGCCAUGGACUUUAUGAGUCGCCUCGACUCAAAUGUUUCGAGUAUUGAUUUCAAUUGCUGCACGGCAACUAAAAAUGAUUCCUCUGGAUUAGUGAAGAUUCACAAAAGGGACUCCGACUCCGCCGGAAAGUUCCAGCCAGCUGCGCAGCUUGGUUAG